AUGCCUCGAGACGAACGGAGGCCUUUGAUCAACGAAGAUCACCAGGGCUCCUUUGGGGUAUCUGCUGAUGAACUCACACACCUUGUCGAUCCUAAAAAUCCAGACUUGCUUAAACGUCUUGGCGGCACCGAGCAGCUGGCUCGAAAGCUACGUGUUGACCUGCGCGUGGGUCUCUCUGCUGACGAAGGUGUCGAGCGAUCAAGUGACGAGCCGUUCAACGAACGUCAAGCUGUCUUUGGCCGAAAUAUUUUGCCUGAAGCACAAAGCAAAACCUUUUCGGAAUUACUGUGGGCUGCUUACAAUGACAAGACUUUGAUCAUGCUGACCAUUGCGUCAUUCGUGUCCCUUGCCGUUGGCAUUUACGAAGAUUACAGCCCACGCCACGAUCCGGACGAACCCAGAGUUGGUUGGGUGGAAGGCACGGCGAUUCUCGUGGCUGUAUUAGCAGUCGUGUUCACCAACGCCAUCAACGACUACCAGAAGGAAGCUCAGUUCAAGAAACUCAAUGCCAAGAAAGAAGACCGUGAAGUCAAGGUCUUGCGGGGUGGCAAACAACAGCAAAUUAGCGUCUAUGAUUUAAAUGUCGGCGAUGUUCUCGAACUAGAGCCGGGUGAUAUUGUUCCCGUCGAUGGCAUCUUCCUCCAAGGUCACAACAUGGCGUGCGACGAGUCCUCGGCUACGGGCGAAACUGAUACCAUGAAAAAGCAAGCCGAAGGCAAUGGUGUUGACUGCUUCAUCCUGUCCGGAUCCAAGGUUUUGGAAGGCGUGGGUCGUGCGCUUGUGAUUGCUGUUGGUGAGCAUUCGUUUUAUGGCAAGACCAUGAUGUCCAUGCGUGGCGACGAAGCAGAAGGCACUCCCCUCCAAGUCAAGCUUGAUGUGUUGGCCGAACAAAUCGCAAAACUCGGCUUUGCUGCUGCCUUGGCCAUGCUUUUGACAUUGGUCAUUAAAUACUUUGUUACUGCCUCGCUCCAGGAAGAAUACCCUCCCGGUGGCGAAAUCGCUGCUGCCAUGAUCAGUAUCGUCAUCCAAGCUAUCACCAUCAUCGUCGUUGCUGUGCCUGAAGGUUUGCCCAUGGCCGUUACUAUGGCACUUGCCUUUGCCACAACGCAAAUGCUCAAGGAUAACAACUUGGUCCGCGUCUUGGCUGCAUGUGAAACCAUGGGAAAUGCCACGGCCAUUUGCUCUGACAAGACUGGCACGCUAACCCAAAACAAAAUGACUGUCGUACGCGGUACUUUGGCCGACGAGUCCUUUGAGACUGUUGAGAAGAUCAAGGACUGGGGCAAGAAGGUCCAUUCCGAGUCUGUUCAAAACUUGGUGUUUGAAAACAUUGCAGUCAACUCCACAGCGUUCGAAGGAAAGGACGAAAAUGGCAACGUCGACUUUGUUGGCUCCAAGACCGAAUGUGCUCUGCUCGGCUUUUCCAAGGGGCUCGGCAGCCGCUACGAGGAUAUCCGCCACGACAGCAAGGUUACCAAGGUGUUCCCCUUCUCAUCCAAGCGCAAGUCCAUGAUGACUGUCAUUGAGGUGCUAGAAAACACUGCUUCGACCAAGUCCCAGGCCGACUACCGUAUCCACGUCAAGGGUGCAUCCGAGAUUGUCCUGGGCGCCUGUACUCGCUAUUUGGAUGCCCAAGGUAACACCAAGAAGCUUGACAAGGAUGUCCUCACCCGCUGGAACAACAUCAUUACGGAGUACGCCAACAAUGCUUUGCGCACAAUUGCUUUGGCCUAUCGCGAUAUCAAGACCGACCAGUUCGAAAACGCAUCUGACGACGACGAACCUCCACUUGAAGAACUGACCUUGAUCGGCAUUGUGGGAAUUAUGGAUCCUUUGCGACCUGGUGUUGUGGAAUCUGUUGCCAAGUUCCGCGAGGCUGGUGUGUUUGUCCGCAUGAUUACUGGUGACAAUUUGAACACAGCCAAGGCCAUUGCUCGUAACGCAGGCAUUCUUACCAAGGGCGGUGAAGCAUUGACUGGACCUGAGUUGCGCGCUAUGUCGGUGGAAGAGCAGCGCAAGGUGAUUCCCCGCUUGCAAGUGCUGGCCCGCUCCUCGCCUACUGACAAGACGAUUGUUGUAACACGCCUUCAAGAACAGGAACAGGUGGUUGGCAUGACUGGCGACGGUACAAACGACGGACCUGCACUCAAGUUGGCCGAUGUUGGUUUUAGUAUGGGUAUUGCUGGCACCGAGGUCGCCAAGGAAGCAUCUGAUAUCAUUCUCAUGGAUGACAACUUUAACUCGAUCAUGAAGGCUUUGCUGUGGGGCCGUGCUGUCAACGACGGUGUGCGCAAGUUCUUGACCUUCCAGCUGACCGUCAACAUUGCCGCUGUUGCCUUGUCGUUCAUCAGUGCCGUCGGAUCCGAAAAUUCUGAAAGUGUGUUGAGUGCUGUCCAACUGCUGUGGGUCAACUUGAUUAUGGAUACACUCGCUGCAUUGGCCCUGGCCACCGAACCACCUACUGACGACUUACUCCAGCGCAAGCCCAUUUCAAAAUACGCUCAUUUGAUCAACUUUAAAAUGGGUAAAAUGAUCCUCGGCCAGGCCAUCUUCCAGAUCAUCAUCAACUUGUGUGUUAUCUAUCUUGGCAAGCCCAUCUUCCAUCUUGGUGACAGCACUCACGACCAAGCAGUAUUGCGCACCAUUGUUUUUAACAUCUUUGUUUUCUUGCAAGUCUUUAACGAGAUCAACUGCCGCCGCAUUGACGGUUCCAUCAACGUAUUCAAGGAUAUCUUCAAUAAUUGGAUCUUUAUUGCUGUACAAGUCGCCGUCGUCCUCGGCCAGUAUUUGAUCGUCACUUUUGGCGGCAUCGCAUUCAAGACGACCCCUCUGACACCCAUGCAAUGGCUCGUGACCGUCUUGAUUGGUGCUCUUUCGAUUCCUGUCGGUACUAUCAUUCGCCUGUUGCCUGAUUGUGGAUUUGAACGCCGGUUCCGUGAAGAAGCCCGUCAGCUCGCAACCUACUCGCGUAUGCAUUGGGAGGGUGCUAUUGGUGAAGUUCGCAAUGGUUUGCGUGUUUACUCUAUGCUUCGUCGUUCGCGUCACCCGCGCAGCCGCCAUAGUCGUUCGGAUUCGCUUAACAGCGUUCGAUCUAGCUUCAACAGCCCCGGAUCAGCCACAAACAACCGAUUCGCUUCGUUGGUCGCUUACGCCCAAGAUUUUAACCGGGCAGCCGAGUCAGCUUCUGAACGACAGCAGAACAAAGCCUCAAAGAACCAUCGUUCAUAA